AUGUUUGUCUCGGCACCAGGCAACGGAACCCGAGAAGAGGGCAGAAGUUGCCGCGUCUACGCAGUAGUACUGCUGGAGUCUGUGUACACCGCCGGUGCCAAUGGGGUUCCUGCUUGCUUGCUUGUGGAUGAUCUCGCUGCUUCGCUGGGGUUCGUCUCGACGUCCGUGAUGGGUAUAGCCACGGUCUGUGUUGUGUAAGCGAGACGGUGCCCUACAACAGUAGUGUGGUGCGAUGGUACGUGGUCUGGUUGCAGCCUGCUGCUGGGGUGGAUUUCU